GCCCUCGGCGAGGGGCGGGCGGUGCUACCUGCGCCCUUCCCCGCCCCCGGGAGUUUCCCGCGGGACGCGGCCGAGCGGCGCUGGGAGCGGGCGGACCGGCGGCGAGCGCUCUCCUGGCGGCCCGAGGACUGACACAGAACGCUGCGAAAUUAUCAUCGGAGGUAAAUACGAGUUCAAAAAACAUGACGACUUCAGGGAUUAUAUUGAGACGUUUUUAAUGGUUUUGAGUGAUGUAACCAGGUUAAAUACGGGGAGUGGUUUUACAAAGUGGACAGUAAUGGAGUAUAUGAGCACAGGUAGUGAUAGCAAAGAGGAAAUUGACUUUUUGCUAACUGAUCUAAAUAUGUCUAAGGUGAUAGACAUCAUGGAAAACCUUGAAGACAUCGCAGUCUAUGAAGACAGCUUAUUAACAAUGUGUGAAGAGGCAAAUCAAAAUGAUGAACGUUCAGAAUCUUUACUGUUUUGUGAAAGGGAGGUUUCUUUUAUGUCCUCUGUCAAAUACGGGACUGUGGAAGACCUGCUGGCUUUUGCAAAUCAGGUGUCUAACACUGCAAAACAAUUUAAAGGAUGCAGACAACAAGAAUCUGGAAUCCUUUUGAAUAUGAUCACACCCAAGAAUGGGCGCUAUCAGAUUGACUCAGAUGUGCUCCUGUUUCCGUGGAAGCUGACUUACAGGAACAUUGGCUCUGAUUUUAUUCCUCGGGGAGCUUUUGGGAAGGUGUACUUAGCCCAAGACAGAGAAACCAAGAAACGAAUGGCAUGCAAACUGGUCCCAGUGGAACAGUUCAAACCAUCAGAUGUUGAAAUACAGGCAUGUUUCCGUCACGAAAACAUUGCUGAAUUAUAUGGCGCUAUUUUGUGGGAUGAGACAAUCCAUCUCUUUAUGGAAGCCGGAGAGGGAGGAUCUGUCAUGGAAAAGCUGGAAAGUUGUGGUCCUAUGAGAGAAUUUGAAAUCAUUUGGGUGACAAAGCAUAUUCUGAAAGGACUUGACUUUCUCCACUCCAAGAGGAUUAUCCACCAUGAUAUCAAACCAAGCAACAUUGUCUUUAUGUCAACUAAGGCUGUUUUGGUGGAUUUUGGCCUAAGUGUUCAAAUGACUGAAGACGUUUACUAUCCCAAAGACCUUAGGGGAACAGAGAUUUACAUGAGCCCUGAAGUUAUCCUCUGCAGAGGCCACACAACAAAAGCAGACAUCUACAGCAUGGGAGCUACAAUCAUUCAUAUGCAAACGGGAAUCCCACCCUGGGUGAACAGAUAUCCUCGUUCUGCAUAUCCAUCCUACCUCUACAUUAUACACAAGCAAGCUCCCCCCUUAGAGGACAUUGCUGAAGACUGCAGCACUUCCAUGAGAGAGUUGUUAGAAGCAGCUCUGGAAAGGAAUCCUAAUCACAGGCUGUCUGCAGCCGACUUACUGAAACACGAAGCCUUGCACCCACCCCCAGAGGAGCAGCCACGGUGCCAGAGUCUGGACUCGGCAUUGUUUGAAAGGAAAAGACUACUCGCGAGGAAGGAGCUGCAGUUGCCAGAAAACAUUACAGAUUCCUCAUUGUGUAACGGGAGCAUAGAAGAGUCAGACCUGCUAAAGAGGCAAAGAUCACUCUACAUAGACCUUGGAGCUUUAGCUGGUUACUUCAAUAUUGUUAGGGGACCACCAGCCUUAGAAUAUGACUGACUCGGUAACAUUUUAUGUUGAUGGGUCAGAAAUGGACCUCUACCUCUUAAAAUUUGAUUUUAAGACUUGAUUUUCAAAUUUGUACAUAAAACUAUUGCCAUUGUAGGCUGUCAAAUGUGAAUAGUGUUUAAUUGCACAGAUGAUUAAGCUAAACCCUUAGGGGCUCUGAUAAACUGAUCCCAAGCAACGGUACUUGUGUGGCUGCUGGUUGACCGACAAGAAGAUGGCAAAAAGAACACUGCUAGGAAUGUCUUAAUCCAGGAUAUCUUCCUGUGCUGGGCCUUGCACUUUUAUAAAACUUAUAAUAUAUGCUUGCAAAUAAUGUCAUGAAAAAAUAUAAUAAUAAUUGAGCAUGUGGGCUAUAAGAUUCAGUCUCUCUGAGCUGUCCUUAGAACAAACCCUCCCCCACCCC